AUGGCUUCUCUGUUCAAAUUAGGGUUUCUGAUGCUGGUCCUCCAUUUUUGUGCUGCAACUGCCACCGAAUUCGUAGUCGGUGGGGUUAAUGGCACCUGGGUUGUUCCUAAAUCAAGAAAUGAACAAGAGUACAAUCAAUGGGCAUCCAAAAACAGAUUCAAAGUCGACGACACUGUCCAUUUCAAGUACAAGAAGGACUCAGUUCUUGUGGUGACCGAGGAGGAGUACGAAAAGUGUCGAUCGGCUCAUCCUUUGUUCUUCUCCAACAAUGAUGAUACAGUCUUCACACUGGACAGGCCAGGAUUGUUCUAUUUCAUUAGUGGGGUUAGUGGACACUGUGAAAGAGGUCAGAAGAUGAUCAUCAAGGUUUUGGAAAUAGAGAGCCCUCCGCCUCAAUCGGGGAACGAUACCAUCUCCCCGUUGACGACGAGCAGUGCUGUUGCAAUGGCUGCUGCUAUUUCUAUUCCUACUGUGACUGCCAUUCUUACUAAUGCUCUUGUAAACGUGCUCCAUGUCCAAGGUAAUGUUGGGGGAUCAGAACAAGCUUCAAAAUUCUCAUCCCCUGUUGUUGCGUGA